UAAGUUCAGCUAAUAAUAAUGUGUUUUCUACGUUCGGAUGCAGAGCUCUCGUCUCUCGUUUUAAUUGUAUUUACUCAUUAUAUUUACUGCUGUUACGUAACGUUAGAAAUAUUACGUCACAAUGAGUUAAAAGAGACAAUAGUAUUAUCUUAAGAUAUUUUAAUCGAAUAAAACUCACGUUAAAAACUAUGUAAUAUAAAAUCUUGAUUUAGUAUUGAAAUCAAGAAGUUAAUGCUAUAUUUCUUAAAUGUUCUUUCUGCACUGGAUAUAAACAUUUUUCCGGAAGAUUUCUGUCAAAGCCUUUUCAAAACUCAGUUAUAACACAUUACUCGUUAUUCUUAUAAGCCAUUAUGACAUAAGAUCAAAUAAUCUUUCAUAUACUUUUCACAAACAUACUUCUUCAUACUUCUCGUUUGAUAUCUCAAGAUUUUUUUUGUGACAAUCUUCAUUAUCCUCAUGCCGUAAGCAAUUCUUUUCAGACACGCCCGGUAAAAGAUAUUUUUUUAGCAAACAUCAUUAAUAAUUAUUUGUUGCUCGUAGUAAUUAUGCGUUCGUGUUCUAUUCGCGCUAUUAUUAUCUAGAAUGAGCGACCUUGAUUUUGUGAGGAUAUUAGCCACGUGCAUUACCGCAUAUGCAUACUACGAUCGUUAACUUUGCUUUCAACUUUUUCUUAUAAGUGCGCACGAAACGAACUUUGUUAUCAUUCCCCUCGACGAUUCGUCGGACAUUUCUGAUCCACAAGCUGGUGAAGUAACACCAAAAUAUGAAGAUACAGUUAGCUGUAGCAUCCAAUUAUAUUUUCCUCGUGAAUGUAGUGAUGUAAUUAUACGUGUGCAUUAUAUGAAAAGAGGAAAUCAAUCAGUGAGAAAAUGAUCAAGGAUAUGGGAACAGGGCAUGUGGAGAAAGUUUCGUUCCAGAUAUGGACCUGAUAGAGGUUCUUUGGAAGCAAGACGUAGAUCUCGGAUUUACACUUGUGGAACCGGCUACAACACCCACGAAAAAGCCGUCUACUUCGGAAAAAGAAUCAGCGGAUGAAAUCGAAAAGCUGAAAGCUCUAGAAGCUAUUAAUGCUACAUAUCAGAAGGAUGAAGCCAAAGAGUCUGAGCCUCCGGAAGACGAUCCAUGGGCAGGACUUCCUUACACCGUAGAUCUGGAAACUGGCGAAUAUAUUCUCAGCUCUGGUAAUCAGAACGGAAGUGGAAGUAGCAUCGUCGAAGAGGACAACCCGCUUCUCACCCAAGCAUCGUUGGGUUUGAACAAUCAUCCUUUGGCAGACUUAACCGAUGAGUCUCUGGGUCUAAACGACACUCUAGGACUCGAGCAUGAUUUUACUUCAGAGUUACUUGGAAGUAGUCUCUUGGAAACCGCCGGCGUAGAAGGCCUUCUCAGCAACGAUACUCUAGACUUGCCCGACGAAUUUAAUCUCGAGGAGGCGCUUCAGCUCGUUGGUCUCGAUGAGGCUCAACCAGAGGAAACGAAGCCGGAAGUGAAAAAGAAGAAGAAGCACGAGACUGCUGAGGACUCGGCUAGUGCAGAGGGCGACGCGGCCAUUACCGCCUCGAGUAACACCGAGGUCGCGAAGUCAUCUAAGUGCGAGGAUCCCGAGACCGGCGACAUGAUUCACACACCGCAGUUUCAUCAUCCCCAUCAUCCACACCACCGCUCCUUCCAGGGUCGCAUGCCAUUCAUGCGAGCGAUGAGCAUGGAACAGCGGUGGCAAGAUCUCGCAUCUCUUUUAUCCCUCCCGGGAGCACCGGAUCAUUUCGCACAUCCAGCGCAUCCUGGAUAUCCAGGACACGGCAUAAGUCACAGUCAUUACGAGGCGCAACGUAACGUAUUGCUCCAUAAUCCUACCUUAGCGCCUCCGGUCGGGGAUCUCAAUUCAACAGGACCUUACCACAAUGUGGGUGGGUCAUCGAAUUUGGGUUCAGCUGUGGCAACAUCGAUGAAUUUGACAAACAGUAGCGAACCAAUGGGUGCAGAGAGCGGCGCGAGUUACAAGUCUGAACCUACCGAUAUGAUGUAUUAUCAUGCACCGACGACAGAUUCCAUCAACCAAACUACUGACGGAUUUCUUUCGUCCCUACUUAAUGAUGAAGAUUUGCACCUAAUGGACAUGGCCAUGAACGAUGGCAUGUACACCAUGCGCAUGUUGGAUAAUGGUAGCAACAAUGCAUCCGGACCUACUGGUGCAGCGGCCUUAUCGGGUGUCCAGCCGACUGGCGGCACAACUUCGACGGUUACGAGUGUUACGACUUUACCUGGUGUAGCCGAUGAGAGGAUGGAUGCGUCAAGUGAUAGUGCUGUCAGUAGUAUGGGUAGCGAACGCGUACCAUCUCUAUCGGAUGGCGAAUGGAUGGAAACUGGUUCAAAUUCCAGUCAUACUCAGGCAGACUCUCAUUACACUAUGGAUUACGCGAGCAAAUAUCGCAUGCCAUACGAUUGCAGCUAUUCAGUGUCUGCGAGAAAUGCCGGCUCGCCGAGAUGCCAAACGGAACGAGCGGUACCACCAGUCGCACAGAAGAAACAUCAAAUGUUCGCUAAGCGAUAUUUCCAGGAACAAAGCACUUGCUCACCUUUAGGGACUACCGCACAUCCAACCACUCCAAUGAAAUAUGACUAUGAUACGCAUACAGUUGGUGCAGGUGCACCGGGAAAUACAUAUUCUGGACCAAUCGAGGGUGCGACCGGGCCACAGCCAGAAAUUAAAUAUAGUUGUAGCGUGGAUUUCAGUCGUCAUCAAUCCGGACGAUCUGUAAUAGAACACGUUCAUCAUAAUCACACCUAUCAUUUACCUGCCGAAAGUUCAGGAUCUCUUCAACGUCCCGUUUCCCGUGACAAGAAAGUCCGCAAAAACGACGCAGAGGAACAUCUAACGAGAGAUGAGAAGAGAGCAAGAGCAUUGAGUGUACCGAUUUCAGUCAGUGACAUCAUCAACCUUCCCAUGGACGAGUUUAACGAACGUCUCAGUAAAUAUGAUCUCAGCGAGGCCCAACUGUCUUUAAUACGCGAUAUUAGAAGACGAGGCAAAAAUAAGGUUGCCGCACAGAAUUGCCGCAAACGCAAAUUGGAUCAAAUCAUAAGUCUAGCUGACGAAGUGAAAGAGAUGCGAGAUCGUAAGAUGAGGCUUAUUCGCGAGCGCGAGUUUAUGCUUCUCGAGAGACAGCGGGUGAAAGACAAAUUUAGCCAACUUUACCGUCAUGUUUUUCAGUCUUUGCGGGAUCCGGAUGGUAAUCAGUAUCAUCCGUACGAGUAUAGUCUUCAACAGUCUGCAGAUGGGAACGUUUUGUUAGUUCCCAGAAAUCAGACGAAUCCGCACCAGUCACGACAGUCUUCGAUGGAGCCGAAGACCAAACCCGAUCCCGAGCACAAGGAAUGAACUAUUGAGGGAUCGUAUGCCAAUGUGAUUGAUUAUUGAAAAACUUCUGUUUUUCUUGGCGCAGCGCGUCCAAAGCGCAAUGAAAGCGAACACGGUGCUGGGGAGCGAAUAUCGUACGCGUUAUUAGAUUUAUUGCGUAUAAUUCGGAAGAGUAGAGUUCAUGGUCUUAUUAGACUUGACACACCUUGCACUGUGUCCGAAUAAACAACGAAAUUUGUCAAGAAUACUUGCUUACGAAUCGCGAUUACGCGAUUUCUGACAGAUGACUUUUUAAUACAUUUAGGGAGAUAGCAGGAAAAAAGUAGGAUUUAAUUGUCCUAAUAAUGAGGUUUUUAUGUGCAUGGGUGAUGCUACAAUUUUCAGUUACUUUGACUACCCGUAUUAAUACAUUUUCACCCUCAAAAAUCAUAACUUCAUAUAUUUUCUUUUCAUUUUCAUAAAUCAAUGAUUUUUAUAUUACAGAAAGGAGAGCAUUGCGGGUAUCAUUGUAUUUGUUUGUAUAUAAUGUACUUUGUCUGUUGUGACUGUCUUUAAUAAGACCAAUUAUAAUAAAAUAAAACCGGUUAGCUUUAUAAAUUUCCUAUGCUUUAUUUAAGCUACAUCAAUAGAGGGUCUUAAAAUAUGUUUCAAAAGUUUAUACUGGCCUUAUAGAGCGACACAUAAUAUUACUUGUGAAAACAUAAUGAUAUGUGUUAUAGUAUGCGAAUUUCUCUGUGAUUGCCUAAACAAAUCACGAUGUCUAUAGCAUUAAAAGAAGAUUACAACUAUUAAUAUACGUAAAUAGUAAGAAAAUAUAGUAAGAUGGUUAUCAUAUUGUGGAAUCAUGCACGAGAAUUGUUGUGUCACCAUAAUUGAAACAAAUCUGAAUUAAUCUCUUAUUCCAAUUCUUCCUGCUUUAAGCGUAAAAUUACUUGUUAUCUUCUUAAUAUAAACGUACAGUGAUAUACAUUUAUUUUUGUUUACAUUCACGAAACAAAUCUUAUCGAGUUUUGAUAUAAUUGUUUUUAUGAGUUAUAUUUUUUGUUUAUGAUAUAUAAACUGAAUUAUAUAUUCGGAAGAAAAUUUCAUAGGUAUAAAAGCAUGACGAUUGUGUUGAACGUACCUCUCCAGUGAUUUUUACGAUUAUUAUUCCAGUUGAUUGAGUACAUUAUAGUGAUACAUUUAAUUGCCAAAAUUAUGACACUCUUAUAAACUUAUCGCGAAAGGAACGCUAUGGCACUGAGUACAUCGUGCGCAUGUGACAAUGCUAAUAAAAUGUUAAUCACCCGCGUAUAUAUUAUUAAACAGACUUUGUUGUGUUAUUGAAGCUAGAGAAUACACAUGAUUUGAAACGCUUACGGUUCCAGAAGCGGUAGUGUCAUGAAUAUAUAAUGCAAAAAUUGUAAUUGCAUUUAAUUGUGGAUAAAGUAGAGUGGAAAGCGAUAAAAGGCAAAUGAUUGAGGCAUUCAUAGGAUAUAACAAAUUUGCAGUAACUAAUCUCCAUUUUGUGUUCCGUAUUGAAAGCAGCUUAAACGGAUAAUACUUUAAAUUUCACUCCAUUCAGGUAGAUCACAAACACAAAAUGCAUUGUAAUGUAUAUUACAAAUAAUAUAGUAAAUAAUACAAGUAUGUGAAUAUACACUUGUACUGCGACGCGCUGUAAUGUUACAAUAUAUUAAGAAUAGCAUUCAUUGAAAUACGAACAAACAUAAUAAAAACAUAUUUUUAUAAAAUAAAGAAAUGAGAAAUGUUCAGGUAUUUCACAUUUGCCUUUUUAUGUAUAUAUUAAUGUAGCUAGUAUAAUUUUCUAUAAAUAUUAUAUAUAAAUAUAUAUAUAUAUAUAUGAAAUAAAUGUAUGUAUUUAUAUGUAUAUGUACGUGUAUAUAUAAAUACAUAUACACAAAGAGUAUGAUAAAAUAUAUGUUAUAAUGUUAAAAAACGAAUGAAAAUGCAGUUUAUGUCAGUAAUUACUAAUAAUCAGCUCCUUAUUAACAUACGCAAUUGUACUCAUACUAUUGGGUGUAGGAUGCCUUUUACAUAUUGUACUUAGCGAGCGGAGAUCUGGGCAAAUCAUUGUAAAAGAUAAUAUUAAUUUAUAAGAACUCUGUUCGUCUAUUGUACAAAACAAUUUGGAUUCGUGCAAACUUGCAAAUCCAUCUACUUUGCAAUGAAGAUCUCCUUCUGUCAUUAAAUUUCUAUAUUGUAUAAAUAAAGCUGAAUAAAAACCUCUGGGGAAAGUAUCGUA